UCCAGGCUGCCAACAAGGACGCACCGGGGCGCACAUUUGAGGACGCGCUCCGAGGACGCACAUUUUAAUGACAAGAAGCCGCGGAUGAAGAGAGGUUAGCUUCAGCUGGGAACUUCUCAAGAAUAUCCAUCAUUUGAGUUUAUUUCAGCAGACGUCUCUGCCACCAUGGGUGUGAAGAUGCUCCAGUGUUUUCCUUUCUACAGACGCUGUAAAGAGCGCUGCAAGAGCAGGCAGUGCCCCCCAGCGGCAGUUCCCAUCGAGGAGAUGAAGCCCCGCCUGUGCUCCACGACAUCCUGGAGUAGUGACAGCGAAGGAGCAGGAAGCCUGAGUCGGGGCUCCCAGAUAUACUUCUCCACCAAGGCCAGGCUGUCUUUCAGACACCAGCUGGACAGCAACAUCAACGCAGUGGACGCCACCUACUGAGCGGGGCUGCAGAGGAGAUAAAUGGACUCCAGCGUCACAGUUUUCCGUUGCCUAUUCAUGCUUGGAGCCCGAAGUGCAGACCGAUAGCCGAGCAAACGCAUCUAUCAUCGUCACCCUUCAGGUGUGAUCAGCAGUAGCCGUGCACUGCCACAGAUCGCUUGUUAACCCCUCGUUACUCGCCGCCCGCAAAGAGCUCUCGAUGACUGAUCAGAUUCAACAGUGGACUGGGGAAAACAGACGACAACAGACUUGGUUUGCAGUCUCUGUGCAUUAAGAUUUCACAAGACUGUACUCUGAAUGGAGCAGACCCACUUUCCAAACGGACACGAUGCUGAUGUGAGAGAACACAACGUAGAGACUUGUUUACAGUAUUCACAACCAAAAAGUGCAUUACUUUUCGGGGAUUUUUUUUUUUUUUUUUUACUGCGUUUCUUUUUUCUUUUUAUUAUCUCUUUUUUUGGACGACCUUUGUGGAAGAAAGAAAUGCUUGUUCAUGUGAAACAGGGGCACAAAGCAGGACAAGGACGAUGACCUUCAAAGUACGAUGAAGAAUGCCAUCAUCAAAAUGAGUUAUUGAGUCAUAUUUUUAAACCUAUUUUUGACAUUUCUUAGAAACAGGGAGGGUUUAGUUUCUAAUCCUGCUCUGUGACAAAACCCCUGUACACUUACAAUGAAAAAGUUUGCAUUUUUAUAAAAGCCAUUAACCUGAAUUAUAGAAAAACUGCAUAGGAGCCAUGUUGACACUAUGUUUAUUGUUUGCAGACCUAGUUUGAGGAUGCUCAGCUUCUGUUUUUUUGCCUCUUGUUAGCUAGCAUGAAGUAAACUGAGCUGCACAACAAAUUUCUGUUUUUUGUUUGGCUUCAGCACACUCUAAUUUCUUUUCUUUAAUAUUUUUAUAAUUAAAAGAAAAAAAGCCUCCAUUCAAUAUUAAAAUGCAUUUACUUUUUUAACAAAGUCUAAUUGCUGAUUUUAUAGGAUGAACAGGGUUCUGUGUUUGCCUACAAUGAACAGAUAUGAAUGUAAGUGCUGAUCCCACAAGACAAACUUCAGUGUUUGUGCUUUUAAUGCAAAAUGUUUUAAUCUACAGUACAUCAACAGACCCUUGACAUAAUUCUUUACUAACAAAAUAACAAAAAGUUCUGUUAAAAACGUCUCGAGUUUUUUUUAAUUGGUGGUGAAUUUGAAGUUUUGCUGCAUUAAACAUGGAGAUCCCAUUCAGUCAUGUACAGAAAAUAAUGCGGAACA